CUCAGCCACACACACGUACACAACCGCCCGCUUCUUCUGCCCCCGACCAAAAGCAAUAUCUUCACUGGGCCCACCCGACUACUACUCACUUCCCUCACACGGCAGCAGCCGCGUUCCGACGACAAGGUUACGAAAAGGAACUUGAAGAAGAUAUAAGAGCUCGACCACAAUCAAGAGCAAGGCCACAGAAGCACGCCAUGGAACAAGCAGACAGCAAUAUGCAGGCCUGGAACCGCCAGUAUGAUCGCCAGCACGAGGCCAACAAGCGCAGGCACUCGCCGGUGUGCACCGAGGCCACCAUGCGCGGGUACCGGUGCCUGAAAAGGUCCAACGGCGUUCGGAGCCAGUGCCAGGAACUCCUGAACGCGGUGUACCAGUGCCGCAGCCCCGAGAUGCAGCAGUCGACCCUCGAACGCAAGCCCACCGCCGCCGCCGCCGCCAUCACGGCCGGCCCUUCCACUGGGGACUCCGUGGCAUGAAAUUGAAGGGGUUUUCCAACCCCUCCCUCAACACACAGCCGCCGCCACGACUUAAUUAAGAUUUAGAAGGGGUGCCUGCAAAGUCGGUAUGUGGGGACCCAUGCGUCGUUCGUACCACCUUUUUUUAAAGCGCUACUGA